UUCUCCCGUGAAAAAUAACGUCGAGCACUUCCAGCGUCGAAUCAGUUGCCGCAGAGUGAGAUUCGGAGCAGGUGCGGGUGUAGGUCUGAAAAACGUUUUUCGAUCGUUUAAAUGGUAGCUUCGAUCGUUUUGCCUCAGAAGUAUGGGGUUUGCAAGUGUGAUUCUGUUGUUAUUGGCGAUUGAUGCUGGGAUUCAUUUUCGAGUUGGCGAUGCGAGAAGAGCCGGUAAAUAUCAUUAUUUGUUUGUAAAGUGAUGAUUUUUUCUUAAAUCCGACAUAAAUGCAGUGGAUAAUACAGCACCGCGAAGCUUCAUCAUCUUCAGAACCAAUGCAAUAAGUCAGAGAGUAUGCAACUGCACUUUGAUGAAUUCGUGCGCCUGUUGCGAGACGGUGAGGAUUGUUUAUACCAGUGAGGCAAAGAGGCUCUGCUUUAACAUGGUCUAUCAGAGGAACGGUUUGAAUUUUGACAUUUCUCUAGAUUCCAUGAUUAUCAAGGCAAUGACUGUUGCAAAUUACAGGCCUUUUCAAAUGUGCUCACCUUUGCCAGGACUGCUCUUCUCCUCGGUUUGCGUGAACAUUUUAGAACUCAAUCAAUUUUCAAGAUCGACCACGGUGUGUCCGCGGAUUGAGGUGACGAACAAGAAGGAGCGCUGGCAGAUUACUUACACCUGCGUGAGCAUUUCCACGGUAUUGCCGGCGAUGAAUGCGGCCGCCGGCAUGACAGCCGCGGCGGCUAUGCAGCCGAUGCCCGGAGCUAUGGGUCAAAUGAUACCCGGUGCUGCAGGAGCUAUGGGUCAAAUGAUGCCCGGUGCUGCAGGAGCUAUGGGUCAAAUGAUGCCCGUUGCUGCGGGAGCUAUGGGUCAAAUGAUGCCCGGUGCUGCAGGAACUAUGGGUCAAAUGAUGCCCGGUGCUGCAGGAACUAUGGGUCAAAUGAUGCCCGGUGCUGCAGGAACUAUGGGUCAAAUGAUGCCCGGUGCUGCAGGAGCUAUGGGUCACAUGAUGCCCGGUACCGUAGCUGGAGCUGCGGUCCAAUUGAGGCCACCAACCGCUGGGGUUGCUGCGAUGGGUCAAGCGAUGCUCGGAGCGGGAGCAGCUGGUGCAUCGGCAGCGGCUUCCGCAUCAGCCGCAGCUGGAGCGGGUCAAAGGCCUGCUGGCGCAGCGCCGAUGCCAGGAGCUGCACCGGCAAUGAUGGGUCAGAUGCCUGCCGCUGGCGCAAUGGGUCAAAGGCCUCCUGCAGCUGGAGCGAUGGGUCAAAUACCUCCUGCCGGAGCAAUGGGUGCGAUGCCACCAGCUGGAGCGACGGGUGCAAGGCCACCUGUUGGAGCUGCUGGUCCAAUGCCACCUGCUGGAGCCGCGAGUCCAAUGCCACCUUUUGGAGCCGCUGGUCCAAUGCCACCUGCUGGAGCAGCGAGUCCAAUGCCACCUGCUGGAGCCGCUGGUCCAAUGCCACCUUUUGGAGCCGCUGGUCCAAUGCCACCUGCUGGAGCAGCGAGUCCAAUGCCACCUGCUGGAACCGCUGGUCCAAUGACACCUUUUGGAGCCGCUGGUCCAAUGCCACCUGCUGGAGCCGCUGUUCCAAGACCACCCGCUGGAGCAAUGGGUCCGAUGCCACCAGCUGGUGGAACACCUUCAGCCGGUCAAAUCAACCCACGACCGGGUGACGGAGCGAACUUCACUGCCAGAGCGUCAGCUUUAAGAGCAAGUACCACAAUUAGCCCGAAGGAUCACUUUGUAGCGUCUUAUGCUUUGGACCAAGAAUCCACUACACCUUUAUAUAAUAGCGCUGUAGAUUCAAUGGUCUCGAUGGUCCAGAAACUGAUGUCGGGAGAAUCUACUGAGACCGGAUCAAACUUAACUACGUCAUCAGCUACUAACCAUAAUGAAUUCAGAAUGGAGACCAUGGUACCCGAUGAAGAUAGUGAUCAGAAAAUGAUGAUCGAAAAUUUGAACGAAUCGAUCGACACAAAAGGAGACGACCUCAGCACGACGACGUUGAAGAGGAAAAAACGUAACAAUUACGACAUGUUUGAUCUACUUCAUCAAUCCAACCGAUGCAUGCGAGCUUACCGAAUAUGCGUUACCAGGACGAAACAUUAUAUAGUGUCUAGACUCGGAAACACUAGGACGGGUCUCAAGACUAAGCACACAGAGUGCUCUGACCAGCCAGCCAGGAUAGUGUACGGAUUAGAAGAAAAUCCAUGUCCAAAUUUAAGCAUAAGCGAAAGCAACGAUUCUAUGGAUAUCACUGCCACACCUGAGACUAUCAGUAGUACGGAUGCCAGUCAAUCCGAUGAUACAUUGGAUGCCAUUGUGGUGCACGAUGAGACUGUCGAAGGUUCUGAUUACUAUCCCCAAGGUAAUCAAUAUAUGCUGCCAAUGAUGACUGCUUACAGCAUGCCUGAAAAUUUCCCUAUGCAAACUCCGCCUUUGAUACCUCUACAAGUGAAAGCAGAUUUAAGUAGAAGUACAAACGAGACUCUUAUUUAUGCAGGCACUCCUGAUGAGUUUACUCGCAAGGAUCUAGAAGGAUUAAUUAAUUAGUUAAAAUUACUAAGAAUAAGAUUUUUUUAUAUGAGAGAACAGUGUAUUUACAAAACUGAUGAGUUUUACAAUAAAAAAUUUAUUUAUAUAA